AUGCGUCCGGGCGACAUGCUGGCCGUUUCAUGUGGUCCGCUCUCCUUGCGACAGCUGCAACACUUGUUGCGCUCGCACAUGCAGAGUGCGAGGCAGAGCAGAGCAGCGUGCGCUUUUCUGUGGCCGUGCAGGUCCUGGAGAAGAGCGACGAGGAUGGCGAAGCACUUCAGUUCCAGCUGGGGUCGAGGCGCGGUCCCGGCGCGGUCCCGGUGCUUGGAGCUCUUCGCUGCGUGCCGCGACGAUGCGUUGAGACCAACUUUGAUGGCCGCGGGUGUCAAGAGAUUGUGAGCGCUAGCUUGAAGGAGCUUCAAAGUAAAGUUCCUGACUUUUUGGACAAGGACUUGUUAGAGCCUCCAUGGAUCACUGGCGAUGUCACCAACUUGCCGGACAUCGGCCCCAGCGCGGCGGAUCGUCGCCUCUACUGGCAGCUCCGGGCGCCACCGGCUCAGCCCACGGAGAAGCUGGAGACAGGAGUCACGCGCGUCACAGUGGUGGGGACCCAUGGUCCUUUGUCAUCGCUGAUGGGAAUCUACCUACAGCAAGCCGCGACCUCGCUGCAGCUCUCGCUGCAGUUGAAGUUCUAUGGCCAGUGUCAUCUCUGCGACCAUUUCCAGCUUUGUCGCGCGCACCGCAUCUCCAGCCCUGGCACGGCCGCAUGCCGCUGGCUUCGCGGCACCAGCGAUUUGCUGCAAGGUAUCCUCCCGGCUGCGGAGGAGAUCCUGCACGAGCUCCAUCCCUUCUCAGCAGUGGUGUGUAUUGGGU